AUGCUCUCCUUCUUGGCGCUGACUCUGGCCCACCCGCGGCCGCUGCCCGGGACAGCGGAGGAGAUGGCGCGCCAGGCGACGCGGGCGGCGCUGGCUGCGCUCCAGACGGGCCAUCUGCGGGUGCAGGUCACGCUGCCGACGGGCGCCGGCGUGGACGAGACGGCACGUUGUCUCGCCAGCUCGCUCGAGGCGGAAGGGUCCCGCUGCCGGCUUUACGUUCCUCGCGCGUUGCUGCCGCUCUGGCACGGCGCCGCACGGUGCUCCUCGCUUGGCCUCGGCGACCCGCAGCAGGACGACGGCGCCUUCGUCGUGCUCGCGCCCUGCAAUCGCGUGCGCUAUUCCGCGGACGACGAGCCGGACGGUCACGUACUGGAGAGCCUCCAGGGCCUGCUCUCCCGCGCCCACGACCGACCGGUCGUGCUGAUUAACGCCGACCUCGAGGCUCUCGUGCUGUCUCCGCGGCCGCUGCGACCGGUCCGCCCGAUGUUUAUGGCGGACUUUGUGGACGCCUUCUUCCUCGCGACUGCGGAGGGGCCUACGCCCGGCGACACGGUCGCGGCGCUGCUCGAACCCAAGGGCAAACCCUUCAACCCUGGAAGUCAGAACGAGGCAGAGGUGGGCUCGAUCGCCCGCUCGCUACCCACAGACUCCAUCUACGGCUGCGCGAUCCUCCUUUGGCUCAACACGAGCCCGCAGCACCGCUUUCCGACGUUCUUUGUCUACGGGAACGGUGUCGUUCCUCUGGUUGCUUCCUACGUCGUCCAGCUUUCGCUCGGGGCCUACUUGUAUGCCGUCGUGGUUGAGGAGGCGCAUGAUUGCGGAGGCGGCAGCCCGAUGCUGCGCCUGGUGGCGACCAGCACCUUUAUGCAGCUAGGGCUGCGCGACUUGGUCGAGUCGCUCGAGAUGCACCUGUGGUUGUCUGAGUUUCCAACUGUGGGACAGAUGGAGCUGCUGCGGUUCCAAAAGUUUGCAGACAAGCAUCCCGUCGCCCAGGAGGAGUAUGGUGAAAGCGCGGCGGUCACGCGGCCCGUGAGCGGCCUCACUUAUUGGGAGCGGGCGGCCUUUUACGUCUUCAUCAUCGGCGGAAAGGUGCUGGUGGCAAUUCUCAUCACGGUGGCGGGCGCGGGACUGGUGCUGCGCUCGAAGACUGACCACGAGCUGAUACGCAACGCAGUCGCCGCCGGCUUCGUGAUGCAGCAGGACAAGGUCAUCUUCCAGCUCUGCAUCUCCCACACUAUCAAGCUGUUCGGUUCGAAGUGUCCGUCGAUCGGAAUCCACGAGGUGCGCGCGCAGAGCUUCCACAACUGCAGGCACCGAGCCUUUGCGUGGUGGGCUUGGGAGUGCGUGCUGAUGGUCCUCGCCCUGGUUGCGGGCUGCUACGCCGUUUGGUCCAGAAUGGAGCCAAAGCGCUUCCGCGGCUCCUUCACCUCUGCCGCCACCGUCCUUCGCGGCGCGUCCUCCGUCAUGCUCGACGACCUGGAUGGCGACGAGGAGGCGACGCAGCCUGCUGCCGCCGCAUCCGCGGACGGUGAAGGCACGCAGCCGAUGGCAAACGCCGCAGGACUUCCCGACGCGGCGUUUGUCGAGCGGACGCUUUCCCUGCGGCUCGUCGCCGUGGGCCUCAAGUUUCACAACAUCGCGGCGGCACGAGCUCUGAUGCAUGCGGGCGCUUCGCUGGAGCUGCGGCGCGAGCCGGCCAAUCACGUCGAUUCGCUCGCGGUUCGCGUUGUGGCGCAUGCCGUCUCGCAGCAUGCGUCGCGGCGUGCGUCGCACGGUGUGGACGAGAACCUGGAGGUGGAUAUCGGCUACCUCAAGUGGAACCAGGCGGCUUCCCUCUCGCCGUGCCUCGACUCGGGCUGCGCAGAGAUACUAUCCGCCGCCGCCGCCGCAAGCGAGGACAGCGGCAGCAGCACCGACAAGGGCGGCGAAACGGCCGACGCGGUGGACGAGUCUCCCGACCCGGAGGCCGACGCCGAGCCGCUCGAGAUCGACGCCGAGCCAGCGGCCCCUGCGAGGGUCCUCGGCUCGAGCGCGCUGGUGCUCCGCGCGGAGUGUGUCGUGCGGUCCGAGGCGGCCGCGGAGGCGCUGUCGUACCUGGUGGCGGCGGCAGAGGGCCACGGGCGGCGAGUGAUCUCGGUGCCGGCAGGCGGGGUCUCGGAGACUCGCGCGGAGUGUGACCUCGAGCUCUCGCGCCUCUCGGGCUUGCGAAGCUGGCCGCCGGAGCGGAGCGGGUUAUCUGCGCUCUCGCUUGGAUGGCAGCCGCUGCCGGCGCCUGCCGAGCAGCAAGCUGAGCAGCGAGAGGCGGCGCAGGAAGCGGCGAGGGAGGCGAGGAGGGCGCAGGCACUGCCACCGCCAUUGGCGCCGGCACCGGCACCGUCGUGGGCGGCCUACGACCCGCAAGCGGUGGGCCCGGUCUCUCGCUCUGAGGCCGACGCGGCCGCGCGACGAGGGUGGCCGCCCGCCGACGGGACGCUCGCCCGGCUCGGUCUCGGGCCUGCCGACGACGCCGAGUGGUGGGGGAGGCACCGGAUGUUGCCGCCGAGCGCCUGGCAGGUCAAGGGCGCCGUCGACAUGCUGCCGCUCUCGAGACAGCCUCAGCGGUCGAACGUGGCGUCGGCGGCGGCGAUGCUCGACGGCCAGAUCCACGCCCUCUGGCCGUGGACCGCCGAGAUGCUGGCCGAGCUCGGCGCGGCGAUGCGCGGCGACCGCUUCUGGUGCGCGCGCAAGGGCGACGCCUUCAUCCGCGGCUUUGGCGGCCCGUACGUGCUCGGCCAAAAGCCGGGCGACUUCAAGGUGAUCAACGGCGCGGAGCACACGCCGCUGAGUUCAGCGCUGUGCGUGGGGCACACGAUGAUGUACACCGCAAUCCACCUCAAGCCACCGCCCGCGCCCUUCAACACGAUCGUGUUCGGCCUUAACCUUCGCGGCGGCGGCUUUCACUACCACCAAGACGCCGACAUGGGCUACAAGCAUGGCCCGCGCGAGAGUGCGCCCAAGAAUGCGCCGCUGGAGGUCGUGCUCUGGAAGCCGAUGGACAACUGGCACUCCGAGUAUGGGGCGCGCUUCUCCGCCGAGGCCGCGCGCGGCACGUACGACGCCCCGCGAGGGCUUCAGACCUCGCACGGUGUCGUGCACGUCCAGCGGGCGGGCCUGCAGCGGCGGGUGGUGCAUGGCGUAUUCCACUCUCCGGGGUCUGCCGUGCGCACCGGCUGGCGCGUCGCGAUCACGGCGCGGGUCACGCACCCGGAUGCGGAGGACCGGAUGCGAGAGUUUCACGAGGAGGGCGCGUACUGCAAGCAUAUCGGGCCAGCGGGCGCGUGGAGUCUGGAGGGCGCCAUGGCCGACCUCGCCGUGUCGCCAUGA